AUGUCGCCAGCUACCUUGCAGGUCACUCCGUCCACAAAGCUACCCUCGUCCGGGUUCAAUGCCGGGGCGCGACCCUACCGAUCACACAAGGUGCGCGCCUGCGACUUGUGUCGGAAACGCAAGUCCAGAUGUACAGUUGACAUUCCCGGUCAAUCGUGUCUUCUGUGUCGCGUCCAAGGGGCAGACUGCCACUACCAGGAAGAGCAGAAUGGGGACUCGGCAACGUUAAACGCAACCGAGACCAAGCCGUGGUCGGGAGUGCCUCCAAUUGAACCUAUCUCGGGCCAGAAACGCAAGCGCUCUCCCGAGAAUCUCAGUCCCUCCCGUCAAUCUAUCAAUGGUCCGAGCCCGCAGGGCACAACCUCUUCUGGGCGCCGCGGCAGCGACGCGCGGCGGAAAGAGGAAGAUCCCCAUAACGAGUCGGUUCUGAUUGUCGGUCCUAUGGUGGCAGAGGAUGCGCAGGUAAUUGAGCAGCACAUGCCUCCCGAAAGAUCCAGCCUCUCCGAAGAGCCAAAUAGUCAUCCGUACAACAUUUAUUCGAGCGAUCCACGGAAGCCCGUCCUGUAUACGACGAUCUCGAGGCGAAGAAAGGGUAUGCGACGGGGCGUGCCACCCGGUGAGAAUCAGCGGGAAGUUCUGGAACAGAUUCUUGGGCCUUUCAAACAGGACCUUGUCAGACUCUUCAUCGAUCGUUUUAAUGUCGCAUUUCCAAUCUUUGAUGGUGAGCAGUUUUGGGAGUCAUAUACAACAGAGGGGAUGGAAGAUCCUCCUGCCUCGUUGAUCUGCCAGGUCUACUCCAUGUCACUUGUGUAUUGGAAACACACGCCCAAGCUUUCGUGCCAUCCGAAGCCGGAUGUGCGGUACGCCAUCAACAUGACAGUGGCUGCGUUGCACGAAGAAUUUUCCGCUCCUGGCUUGUCCACGAUUAGCGCCGCUCUGAUCGAUCUGACUGGAAGACCCAUCUUUUCUAUGACUGGGAACGCAAUCAGCUGUGGGCGAAUGCUGUCUUUGGCGAACUGCCUCGGACUAAAUCGGGAUCCAAGCCAGUGGAAAUUGUCACAGUCAGAAAAGAACCAACGCGUCCGUCUUUGGUGGGGAGUGGUCAUCCACGAUCGAUGGGGAAGUUUCGGUCACGGCGUCCCACCGCAAAUUUCCAAGACGCAGUACGACGUACCUUUGCCAACCGUGGACAGUUUGGUUCCUUCACACCUUCGGACUACGGAGCGUGUGAGGGCUGCUCACUGCCAUAUCUUCUUGUGUAAAUUGACAGAGAUUCUGGGUGAACUCCUACCGUUGGUGUAUGGCCUUCAAGCAAAGCCAGCACGCGAAAGCUCCAAAAAGAUCAGGCAAAUACGCACCGACUUGGAUUCCUGGGAGGACUCUCUUCCCGAAUGGCUCAGAUCACCUCAUACCAAUCGCGGAGAAACCCUGGCUGCGUCUAGCAGCUUACAACUCGCUUUCCUGGCGGUCAAGAUGCUCGUCAGCCGUGUGGAACUGAAUGAGGUCAACAACGCAGAUACGGACAAUCCGGAGGCUCGUCGCUACUUUCAGACCGAAUGUCGCCGGUCCGCAGAGGACAUUGUUCGGUUCAUCACUUCCCUAAGAAAGGAGAAUUUCAAAGAAUUCUGGCUACCUUACAGUGCAUUUCAUCUCACAUCCACGGCCACGCUCCUGGUGCGCUGCGCCCUUGAAACCAACGAUUCUGAAGUGGCUCGAUCAUGCUUGACAAAUGUCGAAACUUUGCGCAGUGUCCUCCGCCGUGUACGGGAAGAAGAUGACUGGGACGUAGCGGACAUGUGUCUGGACCACUGCGAGCGAAUCAUGCACCGGCUUCCUGGUACCGGUGCAACCGUCGAUCAGCCAAUGACUGCUGCGAUGACCGAAAAUGCCCUGGUCAAUCCAGCUGCAAUCUCAUUGCCGGAGACGCAAACCAACAAUGAUAUAGUAGACGACAUGAUGUCGAUAUCAAAUACGUUUGGGACAAUGGAUGGCUUCCCCUUCGAUAUGACAGGAAUAUGGGAUGUCUCCGUCUUCCAAGACGUUAAUUUGUCAUGA